CUUAAAUUUUAGCAUCUCGAUGAACAGAUGCAAAAUUAGCGUGAAGAAAGACAGUGUUUGGAUAUACUACAUGAGAUGUAGCAACUUCCAGGUGGUUUGCUCGAUUAAAACUUGAACUUUCGGUUUCAACAGUUAAUUCGUUAGAUGAAAAGAAACUGCGCCUCUGGCAUCGCUUGGGAACAAGGUCGGCCAUUUUACGUCACACUUCAUAUCAUUUAAAGAUCAAUGGUUUAUUAUGUUUGAUGGUAUGAUGUGUGGUUUUAGUGUCUGAGGGGAGUCAACUCCAACUGUUCAAAAACCCUAGCUGCCCAACAGCCGACAUAAAAGCCAAUUCCUAAGUAAAUACAAAAGUCAGCACCCACUUGAAUACACUUAAAUGAUCAAGCAUAAGUAGAUAGACAAAUAAAUCCUCGUACCCAAAACUAUUUUUCUAAUCGUACUUAUGCCUGAGGCUGCUGGGUGAAUCGAGAUUAUUUUAAAACGAAUUAUUCUUGACCUUGCAAUGUCAAAACCUCAUUCAACAUUUUUUUUUUUUAAAAUUAAAAACGUUAUCUUGUUUCAACCACCACACCCCCCUCCACCCCACCCCCACAGCCGCAUAGUGUUGUCUUUUAUUUAGAGACCCAUCUAACCACCUACACCAGGGGUAAAAAAACGAAAAUAAUUUAAGAAGAUCAGAGAACAGCUAAUAAAGUAUAUUCAAUAUAACUGACACUGAUUAGCAGACGAGUUUCUUAUUCACGAAAGUCCAGGCAUUUAACUUCGUACCUGGCGGUGUAGCUAGACGAGGCCAAUCAGCAUCGACAAAUGCAAUAAUAAUUCUAUUCAUUAUGUAUCAUUUUAUCCACAACGAAAGAAUACAGUGUAUUCUUUUAAUAGCAGAUUUUUGAACCAUCGGUACCGAGCCAUCAGACUAAGCAAGUAGUACUAGUGAACCAUCCGUACCGAGCCAUCAGACUAAGCAAGUAGUACUAGUGAACCAUCGGUACCGAGCCAUCAGACUAAGCAAGUAGUACUAGUGAACAAUCGGUACGGAGCCAUCAGACUAAGCAAGUAGUACUAGUGAACCAUCGGUACCGAGCCAUCAGACUAAGCAAGUAGUACUAAUGAACCAUCGGUACCGAGCCAUCAGACUAAGCAAGUAGUACUAGUGAACCAUCGGUACCGAGCCAUCAGACUAAGCAAGUAGUACUAGUGAACCAUCGGUACCGAGCCAUCAGACUAACCAAGUAGUACUAGUGAACUAUCGGUACCGAGCCAUCAGACUAACCAAGUAGUACUAGUGAUCCAUCCGUACCAAGCCAUCAGACUAAGCAAGUAGCACUAGUGAACCAUCUGUACCGAGCCAUCAGACUAAGCAAGUAGCUCUAGUGAACCAUCGGUACCGAGCCAUCAGACUAAGCAAGCAGUACUAGUGAACCAUCGGUACCGAGCCAUCAGAAAAAGCAAGUAGUACUAGUGAACCAUCGGUACCGAGCCAUCAGACUAAGCAAGUAGUACUAGUGAACCAUCGGUACCGAGCCAUCAGACUAAGCAAGUAGUACUAGUGAACCAUCGGUACCGAGCCAUCAGACUAAGCAAGUAGUACUAGUGAACCAUCGGUACCGAGCCAUCUGACUAAGCAAGUAGUACUAGUGAACCAUCGGUACCGAGCCAUCUGACUAAGCAAGUAGUACUAGUGAACCAUCGGUACCGAGCCAUCAGACUAAGCAAGUAGUACUAGUGAACCAUCGGUACCGAGCCAUCAGACUUAGCAAGUAGUAUUAGUAAAAUUAUAUUUUAAAGAUGAAUCUUUCAAACAAAAUGUUAACUUUUGAAGCCAUAUUCGAAGCUUAAAGUCACCUUUACAUCCUUGAGUUUCUUCCAACUUCACACAGACAAAGUCUUAAGUGGUACAGAAUUAUUUCACAAUUGUUUGCUCACUAUCAGCACAGGGUACAAAUAAAGACAAGUUAAAUACGCCAAUGGUGUUUUCCUGGUGUAUCUGUUUACCCUCGGGAUACAAUGACAGUGUCAACUUCUAUUAAGACUAACACAAUGAUAUUAUGUCACCUUCUAUUCAUACAACGACAGUGUCACCAUCUAUUCGCACAAAGAUAUUAUGUCACUUUCUAUUCAUACAACGACAGUGUCACCUUCUAUUCACACAAUGAUAUUAUGUCACCUUCUAUUCAUACAAUGAUACUAUUUCAUCAAAUGAUACUAAACAUAAUCUAUUAGUUCUUCAUUUCGUAUUCUUUACAGCAUUUAAAAAGCUGGCAAUAUUUUAAUAAUUUUGAAGAAAUAAACGAAGCCUAAAGCUAGAUCAGGGGUUCUUAAGCAGUGGUGUCCGUAACCCCUUGGUAGAGAGGCAAUGACAGGGGAUGUGGGAAGACCCAGAAAAUCAACCAAAAAAAAGGGGGUAUUUUUAUAAUCUAUUUUUAUCGAGGGGGUGCGAGAAAUAUUUUGAAAUCAAGAGUGGGCUACGAUUAGAUCACUAGAGCUUUUGGCGCAUCUUUUGUCAUCUAGGAAAAGUGAUGAACAUCUCGUCUGCGCUCAUCUGCCUUUCUUCGUUAUACUUUUGAUGGUGAUCUUUCCAUUUAUCAAGAUGAAUAAAUAUGUUUUUGAGUCGAUGAAGACGUGGCAAUCCAUUUUUUUUAAAACCUAUAAAUAUAAGUAAUUGUUCAUUCGAUCGCUGUCAAACUUUUCUUUGUUUUUAAAGUUACUUUUGUGUGUGUGUGUGUGUUGACGUAUAGAUCAAUUUAUUUUUUAAAGCUAAGAAGCAGACAUGACCAACAACUCCAAUCGAAACAGAUUGUUGAACCAUUCAUUGGAGGAAUGUAUUGUUGAACCAUUCAUUGGAGGAAUGUGUUGUUGAACCAUUCAUUGGAGGAAUGUGUUGUUGAACCAGUCAUUGGAGGAAUGUGCUGUUGAACCAUUCAUUGGAGGAAUGUGUUGUUGAACCAUUCAUUGGAGGAAUGUGUUGUUGAACCAGUCAUUGCAGGAAUGUGUUGUUGAACCAGUCAUUGGAGGAAUGUGUUCCCCACUUGUUGUAUAGAACGUGCUUCAAUGUGUGAUCUUUCCCAUGUGUGUUCUGUUGUUCAAUCCAAUGCUUUCUCUUUAACCAAGACUUCUUGUCAUCGGUCCACAUUUUGACACACUUUCGAUCGUGUUUUCAUGGUUGGACCCAGUCAUGUAAGCAACGAAACCAUGGUGAUAUAUUAUGACUUUUAGACCAGUCAAGUGAGCAACCAAACCUGAAUGAUCUAUAAUGACUUUUAGACCCAGUUAAGUAAACAAGAAAUCUUAGUGAUAUUUUAUGACUUUUAACCCACCCCCCCCCCCCCCCCCACCUUCUCAAAUGAGCAAAUAAACCUUAGUCAUCUAUUAUGACUUUUAGACCUAUUCAAGUAAAACGAAACCUUGAGCAACCAAACCUGAAUGAUCUAUAAUGACUUUUAGACCCCGUUAAGUAAACAAGAAACCUUAGUGAUAUUUUAUGACUUUUAACCCCCCCCCCCCCCCCCCCCCACCUUCUCAAAUGAGCAAAUAAACCUUAGUCAUCUAUUAUGACUUUUAGACCUAUUCAAGUAAAACGAAACCUUAGUGAUUUAUUAUGAUUUUUAGACCCAGUCAAGUAAUCAACUAAACCUUAUUGAUAUAUUAUGACUUUUAUAAAAGAUAGCAUGACAAUGUUACAAUUAUCACACAUCUUUGAAUAGAAAUAAUUUCACCCUGAACUAUGAAAUAAAUCAUCUCAAAUCAUCUCUUAAAUUCAGCCAAGUCAAAAAUAACUUCAUGUAUUAUGUUAACGCAGAGAAAAAUCACUACCAGUGACCCACACCAGUGACCCACACCAGUGACCCACACCAGUGACCCACACCAGUGACCCACAUCAGUGACCCUCACGAGUGACCCGCACCAGUGACCCACAUCAGUGACCAACACCAGUGACCCACAUCAGUGAUCUACACCAGUGACCCACAUCAGUGACCCUCACCAGUGACCCGCACCAGUGACCCACAUCAGUGACCCACACCAGUGACCCACAUCAGUGAUCUACACCAGUGACCCACACCAGUGACCCACACCAGUGACCCACAUCAGUGACCCACACCAGUGACCUACACCUGUGACCCACACCUGUGACCCACACCAGUGACCCACGCUGUUGGAUGACGUGUCUUGACGGCUGACGAAUGAAUCACACUGUCGUGCAGUCUGGCAUAGCUUCAGCCGCAGCGAGGGACGCGUACGGCGUCGCCCUGUCAGUAGCUUCCGGUAUCAUCUGCUCCUUCGGCACAGUCGCCAACGUUGUCAACAUCAUCGUCUUCGUCAGACAGGGCCUGACGGACACGGUGACCAUCACCCUCCUGGCGCUGUCUUUCAUGGACUUUGGAGUGACCAUCACGAUGCUCGGCGUGGGCAUGUGUUUCAGCCCUCUGGUCAUCAACGCCGGGUACCCGGUGAACCUGUCCGACCUGUCCUACAUCAUCGGCUGGACGCACAUCGCCUUCUCCCGCGUGUCCAGCGGGAUGACGGCCUUCGUGUCCUUCGAGCGCUGCCUCUGUAUCGCCAUGCCGCUGAAGGUGAGGACCAUCAUCACCAACAGAAGAACGUGCGUCGUCAUGGUGGUCAUCACGGUCAUCAUGACGCUGAGUACCGCCCCUGUCUUCUACACCAGCCGCAUGGCGUGGAACCGCGUCCCCGACUCCAACAGAACCAUCCUCAGCAUGGUGUUCACCGACGACCGUGACCUUGUGGAUAACAUCUCAUUCGGGAUCAACACCGUGUUUCUCAUCCCAGUCAUCUUCGUGGCCACCAUCAUCUUCACCAUCAUUCUGGCGAUCAACCUCAACAGGAAGGCUAAAUGGCGAGAUUCUGUGACGACUGGCAAAAAUGAGGAAAAGACUGACAAGUCCACGGUGUCCAACAAGGACCGGCGAGCCAUCAAAAUGGUGGCCAUCAUUUCGGUGGUCUACAUCUUCUGCUACGCCCCCGACAUUAUGACGGUCUUCACGGCCAUCAUCGUCUCGGAGUUCAACUUCGGCAGGCGUGAGGAGAACCUGCUGCUCAUCACCGGGACAUUCACACUUCUGCUGCAGUCUGUCAACUCGUCGGUCAACAUCUUUAUUUAUCUCAAGAUGAGCUCGAAAUUCAAGAGAACUUUUGAUGCCAUUUUUCUCUCCUGUCUGAGACUGAAAUCCACGUGAAUACGAUUGACACACUCAAAGUCCAUGUAUCCAUGUAUGCGCACAGUUAACUGUAUCCGUCUGGUAGCACCAUUUUGUUUCCACACUCUUUAGCGUGCUAUACUUUUGAGCAACUUUACUUCUCGCUAGAAAAGUAUUUGAAUUUUGUUUAACGCAAUUUUUAUUUUUAAAUCAACGUUUUUUAGCGUUUAUUUAUGGUUUACCGCUUCCAAAAAUGUAUCGUAAGUAACUGCAUGUCUACUUUCCAGAUCAGUUCUUACUGAACGCACAUCUAUGACGACACGUUUUCGCAGCGAGCUGGCGCGACCCAAACAAAAAAUAUACAAAAAUGUUCUCGCCGCAGCGUAAUUUUCGCCGGCUUAUUUCGAAUACGUCCGGUAGUUUGGUCAUUUCAUUGGACAAAGUCUGGAGUCAUAGGCAUUUCUUAGGGCAGUCUAAAUAUAUAUAUAUAUAUAAAUGUUUUGUAAGUUAUUUAAUUUGAUAUUUGCAGCGGUAAACGAAAAUAGUUUCAAAUCUCUCUGUUGAGAGACGCCAUGUUCCAGAAAUAGGUUGAGUACAACGGAAGUUCAGAAUAACCUCCACACCAUAAUUCUUAGACGGUCUUCACCUUCCAGUACUCUUUUUCCGUUUUAGACGUGAUCUCUAAUAAUGACCAGAAUAAAUUUCUGUAUGGUCACGUGCUGAAACAAUAGAGAGUUUAUUAUGAUAAUAAAACAGAUACAUGAUUUUUAAAUAGUUUUCCUUUUAAUUGGUAACUGUACAGUCAGAGCAACAUUUUCAGUCCUGGCAUUAAAUAUUUCCUAAUUACGAU